GCGAAGGUGGACCUGAGAGAUACUGGCAAGAGGGCAGGGCCAGGGAAUAACGUUUAGCCUUUCUGACCUAGCUAAGCGACACUUCCAGCAUGCAAGAGAGCACGGCCAGUGAGGCAACCACGGCAGGCCAUUCUCUUGUAACUGACCUUCUUACACCUUUAACUUUAGGUCACCAAGAAGAGCAUUCGACACUGUUGCCAGAGUCGGGUUCUCAUAGCCCAUCGCCCAUUCCCAUGUUAACUUCAACUGUACAUUACCAAGAUCAUUCAGUAUCAUUGCCAGUAUCAGGUAUUAUCGCCAGAACACAUAAUAUGGCCCUCAAUGAAACAGCUGUCACUCCUGAAGCCCCCAUUGCUCCACCAGGAAUGAGAAUGCAACACCCUUUUAAUGAGCCAGUGACGAUCGCCAUUGUUUUGGGGGUGAUCGCUGGUAUCGUCGGAACUAUUCUUCUCAUUUAUUACUUAAUCAGUCUAAUAACAAAGAAAAGCUCAGUUGACAUACAACCUUACAAGGAUGAAGACACAGAUGUGCCACUAAGUUCUAUCGAACAGAGCGUUAUUCAAGAAGAGCAUGCCAGUGUCUGAAAGACCUCAGAGAAACAUGAGACUGCAGUCAAUGGAAAAAGUAGUACAAGAAUCAGACAUAUCAGUACACUGCGUACCUUCCUGAGUUGUACAAUAUAAGAGAAAAUGUCACCAUUGUAAGCUUCAGUAAUUCACGAUGGGGGUGGGGUGGGAGGGGCACCUCUGUUCAUUAGUAACUGAAGGUGAAGAACACAUUUCCUUGUAUGCUUGAUUUUGGGUUGGUGAAAAUUUUUGUAACCACUUGACUAAAAGCUUUGCUCCAAAAUUCCAGUUGAGUUCAUGUGCUGUCCAUUAAGACUGACUUUUUCGAUUCUGUUAUAUUUUGUUCACAAUGUUAUCAUUGAAAGGCUUCUGCUAUUCUCCAUGAAAUCCAAGUUUCCUUAUCAUCCUAACAACUGAAUCCAGUUUCCUCUUUUAAAUAAUUAAAAGGCCAGCAAAUCCUACCCCGCUACCCCUCUCCUUCCUUGCCAGACGGGCAACACACAGUUCCCUGUUAGUGGUGCAGGCACUUUUUCCACACUAAGAAAGCUCACACGCAGAAAUGCCACACGCAAAUGUACAAAAGGAUACACAUCUGUUAUUAGAUGUGUAAGACAACACAAAAGUACCUCCUAUUUUAAAUAGCAAGUUGCAUUUGAAUUAUUCCAAGUAAUUGGUCUGACGGUGUUAGACUGGCUCCUUCAGAGAGCAGACAAAGGUGGCAAAGAGAUGUUUCUGCAGCCAGCGUGCCCUGAGGAGGAAAAUGGCGACAGAGCCUUCCUGCAGUGGAAACCAGAAAGUAACUACAGCAGUAUGUGCAAAUGUGAGCCAAUAAACUCUCGAAUCCACCCAGUGAGAGCUUCCCUUGUUGACAAAACUUCAGAAAACCAAAUAGAGAGCUUUCUAAAUGUGAGUGACUAAGGGACUUUGUGACUAUAUUUGACACUGACAUUUCUUUAUAGCAAGCCUUAAAAUAAUGAAUGAUUUUAUAAAAGAGGACAUAAAUUUGGGAGGGGAUGGGAGGUAAGGAGGAUCUGGGAGUGGCAGAGGGGGAAUAAGAGAUGAAUAUGUCAAAAUAUAUUAUAUGAAAUUCUCAAAGAAUUAAUAAAAAUAUUGUUUUUAAAAAUCAAUAUAAAAACAAGACCUGUUUCCAAGAUCCAUUUCCAAGUUGAUAAGAUUUCAAAUGGCUUUACCCUUGCUUUAUGAUAACUAAAUAAAUAACUACAUGUACAUGUUGGAGAUUGUUUUAUGCUUGUCACCUAUUUAAAAUAAAAAAAUUGAAAUAAGA